UGUUUUUCAUGACCGAUUGUUUGGUGUCCAGCAGCUGCUGGUGAUGAAAGAAGAAGAAGAUGCUACUGAGCAGCAGGAGUGCAGCUCCAGUCUGGAUCAGGAGGGACAAGAACCUCCUCUCAUUAAAGAAGAACCAGAAGAAGAAGAUCUCGACCAAAUCAAAGAAGAGGCCACCCAGUUCUCCCUCACUCCUGUCCAGGUGAAGAGUGAAGAUGAUGGAGCAACCAGCAGCUGGACUCGACACAUGAAGACAGAAGCUGAUGGAGACACCUGUGGAGGAGCAGAAGCAGCCAGUGACUUGGAUACACCUCUCCUCCCUGACCACCAGAGGUCGCCUUGUUCUGACUCUGACACUGAUGACAGUGAGGACUGGAGAGACACCAGAGACACUCGAUCAGUUUUGAGGUCGGUGAAGAUUCCAGAGGUUCACGUCAGUGAGAAGAAAGAUGAUGAUGAAUCACUGACCUGCUCUGGAUGUGGGAAGAAAUGUUCUUCAAAAGCUGGCCUGACUCAACACAUGAAAUCCUGCAGGAGACCUUUCACUGAGUCUGGCGACGCUGAUGACGCUGACGACAAUGAGGACAGAUGGAGAGAAACCAGUCACACUCGAUCAGGUUCAAAGUCUGUGAAGAAUCCAAAGGUUCGUGUGAGUGGGAAGAAAGAUGAUCACGAAUCACUACUCUGCUCUCAAUGUGGACAGUGUUUCCCACAGACUAAGGAACUGAAGGCUCAUAUGAAAAGUCAGCAUGCAGAAAAACCUAUCAGCUGCUCUCACUGCGGUAAACGUUUUUCAAGGGGAUGGAGCCUGAAAACUCAUCUAAGACUUCAUACUGGAGAAAAGCCUUUUGUGUGCUCUCAGUGUGGUAAAUGUUUUGCACAGAGUGGACAUCUGGAGUCCCACAUGAUAAGUCACAGCAGAGAAAAGGCUUUUCAUUGCUCUCAGUGUGGUAAAUGUUUUGCACGGGGCGAUUACUUGAAGAUGCAUAUGAGAAAUCACUCUGGGGAAAAACCUUGCAGAUGCCCUCACUGUGCUAAAUGUUUUACACAUAUCAACAUCCUUAAGACUCACCUGAAACGUCACACUGGUGAGAGUCCUUUCAUCUGUUCUCAGUGUGGUAAAUGUUUUACGCGGAACCAUUACUUAAAGAAGCAUAUUGAAAAUCUCCAUGGUGAAAAAUCAUUCAGCUGCUCGCACUGUGGCAAAGGUUUUUCACGGGCACAUUCACUGACUGCCCACACACGAAUCCACACUGGUGAAAAACCUUUCAGCUGCUCUCAUUGUGGGAAAGCUUUUCAGAAGAACAAUGCCCUGGCGAUACACAUGAGAAGACACACUGGAGAAAAACCUUUCAAAUGCUCUCACUGCGGUAAAUGUUUUUCAAGGAACGGGACCCUUAAGAGCCACAUGCAAACUCACACUGGAGAGAGUCCUUUCCUCUGCUCUCUAUGUGGUAAAAGUUUUACACGGAAAAGUUCCCUGAAGACGCACAUGACGCGUCACAAUAGAGACUAAACUUUCAUGCGCUCUCAUGGUGGUAAACGUUUUUCACAGAGGACAAACGUAAAAUAAACAUUUCCUCCUCUUAAAUAAUAGUUCAAUUAAAGUAUGUGUGUGACCUUGAUGCUCAGAGAAUAGACCGUCUGGGUGGUUGGUUUCACUGCAGCAGAAGAAAUGUAACCGUCAACUCUGUGGUGAAAACUCGACAGGUGAGCGCACCUCAAUGAAACCAGCAGGGCUGAUGAACCAGCCCACCUUAGCAGUGGUUGGAUUUUGGUGGUGUUGUAUAGGUCCAUUUGGAUU